UCAAAACGGCAUUGUCGUUAAUGUUCAUUUCUCUUGCAACAAGUAACUCGUUCAGAUUUUGGUUUUUGCUUCCCUAUCCGCUCUCUCUUCUUCACUUCAGUAUGGCGGUGGUACCUUACACCACCGGUUCUGCACCUCUUCUUUCUCCUCCUUCUACUUCUAGUGUUGCCACAAAGCUCUACUCCGGAUUGAAACUUCAAGCUGCGAGUCCUUUCGGAGCUGCAAAACCUAACGUAACCGCUGAGUUUUAUGGAAAAGUUCACAACACUCUUCACUGUCGGUAUGCUAACCACAAUACAUCAAUGGCACGUAUUCGAAUGAUGCCAAUAGGGACUCCUAAAGUCCCCUAUAGGACACCUGGUGAAGGAACUUGGCAAUGGGUUGAUGUAUGGAACGCCCUUUAUCGAGAACGUGUUAUCUUCAUUGGACAAGAGAUAGAUGAAGAAUUUAGUAACCAAAUAUUGGCUACUAUGCUUUAUCUUGACAGUAUAGAAAACUCCAAGAAGCUUUAUAUGUACAUCAAUGGCCCUGGUGGUGAUCUUACACCAAGCAUGGCUAUCUAUGACACCAUGCAGAGCUUGCAAAGUCCUGUAGCCACCCACUGUGUUGGCUAUGCUUAUAGUCUUGCAGCAUUUCUCCUUGCAGCUGGAGAAAAGGGUAAUCGUUCUGCAAUGCCUCUAUCAAGAGUUGCCCUUACAUCACCAGCUGGAGCCGCCCGUGGACAGGCUGAUGACAUUCAGAAUGAAGCAAAUGAACUUCUUAGAAUCAGAGAUUACCUUUUCAAUGAGUUGGCACAGAAAACGGGUCAACCUGUUGAGAAGAUUACUAAAGACUUGAGUAGGAUGAAACGCUUCAACGCACAGGAAGCCCUUGAAUAUGGACUCAUUGAUCGAAUUGUCAGGCCACCCCGCAUUAAGGCUGAUGCACCACGCAAGGAAGCAGGCACAGGUCUUGGUUAAGAAUAUUUGGAAUCCGCAUUAUGUGUUUGAAGAGCAGAGAAUAACAUGUUUUGUAUCAUUGAAUAAUGCAUGAAUAUUAUAUUAGUCAUGACAUUAAAAAUGAGAAAUGUUACAACACAUUUUUAUUUUCUGAUACACUUACAGUUUUUUUUUAAUUCACGAAUUUAUCUGA